AGCUUGACUCUCUUCAUCAUCUUCCAGUGCAUCCACUUUGGCAGAGUCCGCUUACAAUUCCUGGGGGCACUCGACAGUCUCCUAUCAAUAUCCAGUGGAGAGACAGUGUUUAUGAUCCCUUUCUGAAGCCUCUGAAGAUCAGCUAUGACCCAACAACGUGUCUUCACAUCUGGAACAACGGAUAUUCAUUCCUGGUUGAGUUUGAUGAUUCUACUGAUCGAUCAAUAAUCCUUGGAGGUCCCUUGGAAAACCAGUACAGGCUGAAGCAGUUCCACUUCCACUGGGGAGCUAUAAACGAGUGGGGCUCAGAGCACACAGUUGACAGUAAAUUUUACCCGGCAGAGCUGCAUCUGGUGCACUGGAAUGCUGUUGUGUACCCAACUUUUGAAGAAGCUGUAAUGGAAGGUAACGGCUUGGCUGUUAUUGGAGUGUUUUUAAAGCUGGGAGCGCAUCACGAAGGGCUGCAGACACUGGUUGAUGCCUUGCCGGCAGUUAAACACAAGGACACUGUUAUCGAGUUUGAUGUCUUCGAUCCCUCCUGUUUGAUACCUUCAUGCCCUGAUUACUGGACCUACGCGGGCUCUUUGACUACUCCCCCACUUACUGAAUCAGUCACAUGGAUUAUUAAGAAGAAGCCAAUAGAGGUUGAUGAGGAGCAGCUGGAGGCAUUUCGGAUGCUGCUCUUUACUUCUGACGGUGAAGAAGAAAAGAGAAUGGUAGACAACUUCCGCCCUCUGCAGCCAUUAAUGAACCGAACCGUCCGCUCGUCCUUCCAAAGCAGGCACCUCUUGGAUACUGAAGUGCAGCCCGAGGACCGUGCUGAGCAGAUCAGGCCGUAGAUGGCCCACGAAAUGUCAGUCCAGACUGCAACACCUGGAUAUAACUGACGUUACUUUUCAAUUAUUUUUCCUUUUGCCGCAGUGUGUGCAUGCCGUACAGUUUCACAGCCAGCCAGCUUCAGUUCUGCUAAGUGCCCGUUGACCUUCAGUAGAGA